AUGACGAGGGCAAAGCUAAGCGGACGGCAGAUCAUGCAGCUGUUCUAUACAGAAGUACAUCGGUCUCAAUCGGUUCGUAGCAAUGCCAACGAUGCGGAAGUAUCGACAGUCUUCCAGUGCAAGUGCGGCAAGAUGCGGUCCCAGAAACUCAAGCACGGAUACACGAAUCUGGUGCAGCACGUGCUGAUGAAGCACGCGGAUUGGGUAACAGCUGCCGUACGAGACGUUUGUCCAAGCCCUGUGCCUGCACCUGAGAGCAGUGCCAAGUCGCCUAGCAGCGUGAAGAAAAAGUGUGCCCGAACACCGAGAGCUCCGACGGAGGACAAGACGACUUUGUGUGGCGACGAGGGGACGUUGUGCGAUGUGCCAUCGGGUGCAAAGCUAGACGACGUAGCGGUGAAAGAAACGGCAGUGGCGGUCCUGCAACCGUCAAUACCACUGCAAGUACAAAAGCGCUUGCACUACCUGUCGUGGGACGACUAUUUCAUGAGCGUUGCGUUUCUGAGUGCAAUGCGCUCGAAAGACCCGUCUACUCAGGUUGGGGCGUGCAUCGUGAAUCCCGAACGAAAGAUCGUUGGGAUCGGAUACAACGGAUUCCCAAACGGGUGUGGGGAUGACGAACUACCCUGGGCGCGUGAGAGUGAGACGAACUUACCACUUGAUACGAAAUACCCAUACGUUUGCCAUGCUGAAAUGAACGCCAUUUUGAACAAGAACUCUACAGACGUGAAAGGAUGCACGAUGUACGUGGCGCUUUUUCCUUGCAAUGAGUGCGCCAAGCUCAUCAUACAGAGUGGCAUCGCGCGCGUCGUAUACUGCUCCGAUAAGUACAAGCAGGAUUGGAAGUUCGUGGCUUCGCGCCGGCUCUUGGACAUGGCUGGUGUGCAGUACGUGCAGCAUCAGCUCCAGCAGUCCAGAGUCGUGAUUGACUUUUCGUUAGUUUGA